UUUGCAUAUCGCACUCUGGCACCUAUGCCAGCAGUUGCCUCCCCUGCUGUACAGUCUCCCUUCUGGCUCGUGCCUGUAGUGUACUAUCCCCAGCAUGGUAUUCCACCAGCAUAUUCUUAGCAUUUUCCUUCUCCUCCCCAGUGCAGGUUUUCUUCAAUUGUGCCAGCAAAGAACUUUAUUGAUUAUGAGAAUUAUUGGAAACAUAAAGAAAAUGAUUGUCUUUCUACGGUUUAGCCUCUGACAUUACCAAGGCGGAAACAACCAAAGGAAUUUCUAUGAGACAACACACUUAUAGGGUUGAUAUUCUAUGGGCAGGCACUUGACCGUUCUCAGGGAAUGAGCCCUACAAUGUGUGGAGCAUAUUAUAUUUCAUUCCAUUGCUGCUGUUUACAUCUAAGUGCAUUUUCAAAGCAACCCAAGGAAGGUGUUUUCAACAGCUAGGAAAGGAAAGUAUAAGUAAAAGACUGGUACAAUGGAUGAAGCUGUAGAAGUGUCAACUGAUGGGAACUCCUUGAUAAAAGCUGUCUAUCAAAGCAGACUUCGCCUCACGAGACUAUUGUUAGAAGGUGGAGCUUACAUUAAUGAGAGUAAUGACAGAGGUGAAACCCCUUUGAUGAUUGCUUGUAAAACUAAGCAUGUGGACCAUCAAAGUGUCAGCAAAGCAAAAAUGGUUAAAUAUCUACUGGAAAAUAAGGCAGAUCCAAAUAUACAGGACAAAUCUGGAAAGACAGCCUUGAUGCAUGCUUGUUUGGAAAAAGCUGGCCCUGAAGUGGUUUCUUUGUUGCUGAAAAGUGGAGCUGACCCAAGUCUACAAGAUCAUUCUAAUUACUCUGCACUUGUAUAUGCAGUAAACUCUGAAGAGAGGGAGACCUUGAAAGUUCUCUUAAAUGCUUGCAAAGCAAGAGGAAAAGAAGUAAUCAUUAUUACAACAGACAAGUCUCCAUCUGGAAGACAAACCACUAAACAGUACUUGAAUGUGCCUCCAGCUGACAUUGAGGAAUGUCAUUCUCCAAAUGCCUGCACUUCUCCCUCAGAAAUAGAACUUAAAACAUCUCCAUCUCCACUUUCGAGUUCACGUGAAACAGAAAAAGCUCUCUUUAGUUUUAAGGAGCUGGAUCACCCAAGAAACAAACAAGAUAUAUCCAAUUCAGUUUCUCCCACUAAAAAACCUAAUUUAACACAUGGAGGAUCCAAGUUAUCAGCAGUGCAACGUCUGCAGUCUGAGCCUUGGAUAAAGAGUUCUCCUUCCUUGUUCCAUCAGAAUAAAAUUUCCUCUUUACAAGAAGAACUUCAGGAUAUAACUCCAGAGGAAGAACUGUCUUUUAAAAUCAAUAGUCUGGCUUUAUCCAAGAGAUAUAUCACCAGGCACCAAAGUAUUGAUGUAAAAGAUACUGCUCAUCUGUUAAAAUCCUUUGAUCAAACUGGUUCAAGAAAGUUAUCAUAUGAUGAGAUAAAUUCUCAGUCACUUUAUGCUGAGGCAAAACAUAAUCAGAGUGAAAUUCCAGUGGAUCGGGAUUCAGAUUCAGUUCAAAUGAGUUUUGUUUCAACCCUGAGAAGUAUUAUUCAAAAGAGAAGCUUAGGGGCAAAUCAUUACAGCUCCGAUUCUCAGUUAACUACCACUAGGAGUCCUGCUACCACAGAAGAUAGCAAGUCAUUUCUAGGAAAGAAAAGGAUUCUUUCUCCAUCUUCAUCCUUGUUAUCAAGUUCCAGGGAAUUGUUGGAGAACAUACCUCUUGGUCCUCUGAGUAGAAGAAAUCAUGCUGUUUUAGAGAGACGUGGUUCAGGAGCUCUCCUGCUAGAUCAUAUUGCCCAAACCAGGCCUGGUUUCCUUCCUCCUUUAAAUGUGAAUCCCCAUCCUCUACUUCCUGAUAUUAAUUUUAGCAACAAGAUUUCUGGGAUGGUUUCUUGUGGACAAAAAACCCUAAUUCCAACAGCACCUGCUUUUCCCAAGGAGUCCAAAAGUACAAGAAUGUUGUUGAGGAGGCAGUCAUUACAAACUGAACAGAUUAAGCAACUAGUGAAUUUUUGACAACUUAUUAAAGUGUUAACAAAUCUUUACAAUAUGUAGAUAUAUACAGCCUUAUUCAUCUCCAAUCAUAUUUACUACUCAAAGACCUCUGUACCCUAUAAACCCUUAACAGGCAGCUUUUGGAUGGUCCUCUGUCUUGGGAUGAAUUUAAUUUUUAGAUUCAGUUGGCACAUCUAUGUGAGACCUUUACUGCACAGUUGACUAAUAACCUGUGCAAUAAACAUCUCAGCAUCUAUACGACCCCAUAUUAGGCUGGAGUUAACUAAAAAAAAACCCACAACAGCACACACACAGAUGCUGGAGGGGAUGGCUGGGCAUUAGGGUGCUUCAGUCCAGGGGCUGCCUGCCAGCUAGCCCCAUGCUGAAGCUCCCUCAUGCUCCAGCCAGCCCCUCCACAGCACACUGAGCUGGGAGAAGCAGUCCCAGUCUGAUAGGCUGACCUCCCAGAGCCCCCUGCUCGCCAAAGCUGCUCCAACAUGGCUCCCCAAGCCAUGCAUGAAUAAACUCUGGAUCUUACUGAUCCAGAGUUAAUUGCUCCUGGGCACCCAUUCAGAUGGCACACCCAG